ACCAGAGAACGAUGAGGCGCAGUUCAAGUACCAGUCGCAUCAGUUGCCGGCAGUCCAUCCAGCCUCUCAGGGUUCAUGACACAAACAAGGCUGGACUCCAUACACCCCAGACGAGGACAACUGGGGGAAAGCAGAGUGUGGGGAAGUACGCACCAGGGACAUCGGAAAGGAAAACCAGCUAUUUUGGGAAAAGAACCAGUGGCCCUGGAAGCUUACGAAACAGCCAGUAUGGUGCAUUUGGAAGUAUGGAGAAGAUCAAAGAACCUAGGCCACUUCAUGACAAAGCAUUUAUUCAGCAAUGUAUCCGUCAACUCUGUGAUUUUCUUAUAAUGCAUGGAUAUGGUCCUACUGUCUCUGUGAAGUCACUCCAGACUCCAUCUGUCAAGGACUUCGUGAAAAUCUUCUCUUUUAUUUAUGAACUCUUUUGCCCAUCUUAUGAGCUUCCCAGUUCUAAAUUUGAAGAAGAGAUCCCAAGAAUUUUUAAAGGGCUUGGAUAUCCUUUUGCAUUGUCAAAAAGCUCUAUGUACACUGUGGGAGCACCACACACAUGGCCUCAGGUUGUAGCAGCAUUGGUCUGGCUGGUAGAUUGCUUCAAGUUGUUUUAUUCUAUGAAAGAAAAUCCACCGUCAUUUGAUGAAGGACAGACCUUGGGAGAGAAUGACGAUGGAAUUGUACAUAACAAGCUCUUUUUAGACUAUACUGCAAAGUGUUAUGACCAUUUUAUGAGGGGAGGAGACACGUUUGAAGAAUUUGAUGCUGAAAUACACUCCAAAUUAAAGAGUCUUUUUAAUGCACAUGCAAAUCGUGUAGAGGCACUAGAAGAGGAAGAGAAAAGGCUGAAUGAAGAGAUUGCAAGACGUGAGAAGGAGAGAGAAAGUGAACCAGACCGUUUAGUGACUCUACGGAAACUGAAAUCAUCUUUGCAGGCAGAUGUUAAGAAAUAUGAAGUGUAUGUGGCCAACCUUGAAUCACACUCAAACAGUAUCAGUCAAAAAACAAAGAGCAUUACUGAGGAGCAUGAGGCUGCUGCCAUGGAAAUUGAAGCAUUGAAACAGGAGAACACUCAUCUGAAACUCAUCUGUGAUAAUCAGAAAUACUCCACUGCAGAUAUUGAGAGACUAAAUUGUGAAAUAGAGGAGUUGCAGCAGACAGCCAAUAAGCUAACCAAGGAACUAGAGGCAGAGCAACAUCAAUUGUGGAAUGAGGAAUUAAAAUAUGCUAGAGGAAAGGAGGCGAUUGAAGCCAAAUUGGCAGACUACCAUAAACUGGCUCGGAAGCUGAAACUAAUUCCUAAAAGUUCAGAGAAUUCUGGUGGCCAUGAUUUUGAAAUUAAAUUUAAUCCCGAUGCAGGGCCAAAUUGUCUGGCCAAAUACAGAACUCAGAUUUGUGCUCCCCUUAAGCAUCUUAUAAACCAGACUGAAGAGGAAAUUACUAAUGCUACAAAGAGAAAAAUUGCUUUAGAAGAUGCCUUAGAACAGGUAAGCACAAUGGAAGCUGAGCAGAACAGCAAUGUGAAAAUGCUAAGAGAAGAAGCCCAGAAAUUUGAAGAUUUGUGUCAGCAUAAAAUGAAGGAAGUUGAGGAGGAAGAAGAGAAAGGUAACAAAGAGCUGGAAUUGUUGGAGAAACAUAAAUCUUUGCUUUAUGGUGGAGUCAAUGAAGGUGUCAGUGAAGCUAUGGAAGAGCUACAUGAACUUCAGUGCCGAUUCCAAGUGGUUAUGCAGACAACAUCAGAAGAGAGCCGGAAAGUGCAUAAAAAUGUACAACAUCUUGCAGAACUCAUAGCUACUCACCUUGAGUCUGUAGAGAAGUACCUGACUGAACAGAACACAAACUUCGAUAGAGAAUUUCAUGAAUUUAUGUUGAAAGAUCCAUUGGCUAACUUGAGAGAAAUCCUAAACGUUUACAAAAAGAAGACCAAUGCUUUGCAUGCCUCAGACAAACAAGAGUGAAAAUGUUAUCUGUAUAUUGAUGUAAAGGCUUCUUAUAUGCUUAACUGUGCCUUUUUUCAUAAACAUAUUGCUUUUUAGUAUAAUAUGUGUAUUUCAUAUAUGGGAAUUGUUUCA